AUGGGUUUAGAUAACGCCAACCGCAUCAUCCUCAUCCUUUCCGGCAAAGGCGGCGUCGGCAAAUCCAGCAUAACCACUCAACUCGCCCUGACCCUCUCGCUCCAAGGCCACUCUGUGGGUGUACUGGACGUAGAUCUGACCGGUCCUUCGAUACCACGCUUCUUCGGCGUUGAGUCUGCAAAGGUGACACAAGCACCCGGCGGCUGGCUGCCCGUACCCGUUCACGAUUCGCAGCCAUAUCCUACCCAGUCGAAAGAAACCAGCGGCUCCUCCGAUAGCAUACGGGAGAACGCAAGCAUAGGACCUCUUUCAUGCAUGUCCCUUGGCUUCAUACUGCCUUCUCGUUCCGACGCCGUGAUCUGGCGCGGUCCUAAGAAAACGGCCAUGGUGCGGCAGUUCCUGUCAUCAGUCCAGUGGCCAGCGCUCGACUACCUUCUUAUCGACACACCACCAGGCACAUCCGACGAGCAUAUAUCAUUACUCGAGACGCUGCUCAAGGACACCGCGGACAGGCCAUCGCAGCUCGCUGGGGCAGUCGUUGUCACCACACCGCAGGCUAUAGCGAUAUCUGAUGUGAAGAAGGAGCUCAACUUCUGCAAGAAGACGGGUUUGAAGGUGUUGGGUGUGGUAGAAAAUAUGGCAGGCUUUGUGUGUCCGAACUGCUCCACGUGCAGCAACGUCUUCAGCAAAGGUGGUGGAGAGGUUAUGGCGCUGGAUUUUGGUGUCCCGUUCCUCGGCAGCGUGCCUGUGGAUCCGGCGUUCGUGAUGCUAAUUGAAGAGGGCGUGAGACCGUCUUAUCCAGAAGGAACGUCUGUUAUGGGAAGGGAGCUGGACACGAAACCCGUCACUGAGGAAGCGCAUGGGAAUGAGGAGUCGCUGGUGCAGAAGUAUAAUAGCUGCUCGUUGUAUCCAAUCUUCGAUGGGAUGGCGAAGCAACUGGUAAUGCAAGUUGGUGAGGGCAACCGGUAG